UGCUCAACCACUGAACCACACCAGCCGGGCCGGAGUCUAAGGCUGGAUUCCACCUGCGCUAAGGGGAUCUCCCACCACCGCUGAGCGUGUAUUGGGUGACGUCGCAGGGGUGGAAAGGGGCGGAGGCUGUGCGCCCAGAUGGGGCGUGAACUCUGGGAGGCGGGCUGAGCUCUAGCCAAUGGGCUGAGAGGUUUGAAGAGAAGGGGCGGGGCUUCCUUCGGCCAAUAGGCAGACGCUCUAUGCCGCUUAGCCCCGUCUCGCUGGUCCCAGAAGGCGCCGGGUUUCCCAAGAUGGCGGCCGACGUGUCCGUUACUCACCGGCCCCCGCUGAGCCCGGAGCCUGGGGCCGAGGCUGAAGCUGACGAUGCCCCAGAGCGCCGGUCGCCCGAAGAAGAACUGCAGCCGCUAGAUCCAGAGGAGAUCGGGAAACGCUUGGAACACACCGAGCGCCAGUUCCGUAACCGCCGCAAGAUACUGAUCCGGGGCCUCCCGGGGGACGUGACCAACCAGGAAGUGCACGACCUGCUCAGCGACUAUGAGCUCAAGUACUGUUUCGUGGACAGAUACAAAGGGACAGCCUUUGUGACCCUGCUGAACGGGGAGCAGGCCGAGGCCGCCAUCAGCACCUUCCACCAGAGCAGCCUGCGGGAGCGCGAGCUGUCUGUGCAGCUGCAGCCCACUGAUGCCUUGCUGUGCGUGGCCAACCUGCCCCCCAGCCUCACCCAGCAGCAGUUCGAGGAGCUGGUGCGGCCCUUCGGCAGCCUGGAGCGCUGCUUCCUGGUCUAUAGCGAGCGCACUGGCCAUUCCAAGGGCUAUGGCUUUGCCGAGUACAUGAAGAAGGACUCGGCUGCCCGUGCCAAAUCGGACCUGCUGGGCAAGCCGCUGGGCACGCGCACCCUCUACGUGCACUGGACGGAUGCAGGACAGCUGACCCCCGCCCUGCUCCACUCCCGCUGCCUCUGUGUUGACCGCCUGCCCCCUGGCUUCAGUGACGUGGACGCCCUGCGGCAGGCUCUGUCGGCUGUCCAUACACCAACCUUCUGCCAGCUGGCGUACGGCCAGGAUGGGCAGCUGAAGGGCUUCGCUGUGCUGGAGUAUGAGACUGCCGAGAUGGCUGAAGAGGUGCAGCAGGAGGCAGACGGCCUGGCCCUGGGGGGCAGCCACCUGCGCAUUUCCUUCUGUGCCCCAGGGCCCCCUGGCCGCAGCAUGCUGGCUGCGCUCAUCGCUGCCCAGGCCACGGCCCUCAAUCGGGGCAAAGGGCUCCUGCCUGAACCCAAUAUCCUGCAGCUGCUCAACAACCUGGGGCCUUCCGCCUCCCUCCAGCUGCUGCUCAAUCCCCUGCUUCACAGCAACUCAGGAGGCAAACAGGGCGCAGGGCUGCCUCUGAAUUGCAGAGGGGGGCUUCCAUCCAGGCAUCACCGCCCAUUUCCCUGGUCUCCCUCCAGGUCUCCUGGGUGCCCCCCCAGCCAUGCCACUGCUCAGUGGGCCUGCCCUGUCCACGGCGCUGCUGCAGCUGGCCCUGCAAACCCAGGGUCAGAAGCCCGGGAUCCUGGGAGACUCUCCCUUGGGCAACCUGCAGGCUGGUGCGCAGUCGGCCAACCACCUCCUUGGGGAGCUGUCUGCAGGAGGGGGCCUGCCCCCAGAGCUGCCACCCCGGCGAGGGAAGCCACCACCCCUGCUCCCGCCACUGCUUGGUCCUUCCGGAGGGGACCGAGAACCCAUGGGCCUGGGUCCCCCAGCAGCCCAGCUCACUACACCCCCUGCCCCCGUGGGCCUCCUAGGCUCUGGCCUCAGAGGCCUACAGAAAGAGAGCGGGCCUCUGCCAACACCGCCCGGGCCCUCUCGCCACAGGUCUCACUGUUGGGGGAGCCCCCCAAGGACUUCCGGAUCCCCCUGAACCCUUACCUGAACCUACACAGCCUGCUCCCUGCCAGCAAUCUGGCGAGUAAGGAGGCCCGGGGCUGGGGAGGCGCCGGGAGAAGCCACCGCCCAGCUGAGGGCCCCCUGCCUAACCCCCCAGUCCCCAGAGGUGGAGGUGGUGGAGGCGGCGGCGGCAGCAAAGCCUUCCAGCUCAAGUCCCGCCUGCUCAGCCCCCUCCCCAGCACGCGCCUGCCUCCCGAACCAGGGCUUCCUGACAGCUAUGGCUUCGACUACCCUUCGGACAUGGGACCGAGGCGCCCCUUCUCCCACCCACGGGAGCCAGCCCUCGGGCCUCACGGACCCAGCCGACACAGAAUGUCCCCUCCACCCAGUGGCUUCAGCGAACGGAGUGGUGGAGGAGGCGGGGGAUCCUUCUCUCACUUUUAUUCGGGCUCGCCCACUUCCUACUUCACCAGCGGCCUGCAGGCUGGCCUCAAGCAAAGCCACCUUAACAAGGCGGUUGGUUCCUCUCCACUGGGCUCCGGAGAAGGGCUCCUGGGCCUGGGCCCUGGGCCCAAUGGCCAUAGCCACCUACUGAAGACACCGCUGGGUGGCCAGAAACGCAGCUUUGCCCACCUGCUGCCCUCACCAGAGCCCAGCCCAGAAGGCAGCUAUGUGGGACAGCACUCCCAAGGCCUUGGUGGCCAUUAUGCAGAUUCGUACCUGAAGCGCAAGAGGAUUUUCUAAGGGGCUAGUGCCAGAGAUGCUCCAGGGCCUGCACCAAAUCGCUUUUGGGUUUUCUGGUGUUUUGUGUUUUUGUUUGUUUUUUCCUUUCAGUAAUAGAAAAUCUCUGAAAGACUUUGCUGACCAACCAGCUGGAGCCCAAGGAGUGUGGGAGAGUUUGGGGGCUACUCUGCAUCUCUGGUCUGCUCCUAGCACGGAAACCCUGCAGCCUUAAGAGAGCAGGCUGGGCCCCUUUCUGCCUUCCCUGUGUCUGCCGGCAUCGGCCUCUGGGAGCCUGCUCCUGCCUCGUCGCUCCUGAAUCUUGGCCUUUCGAGUGCCUUGGAGGUUUCCCUGACCUCCCGUGAGGAUCAGAGACUAUCCCCCUUUUUUAACUUUGACAAUUGACUUUCAUUUCCUUUUCUAAUUUUUAUUAUUUUUUAAAUAAUGCAGAACCACCCCCAGGUCUUAUACCUGCAAGUUUCAACAUGUCUGUGCCUCCAUUCCACACUCUUCAGUUUGAAAUGGCUCAGCUCUUUUCUCUUUCUCCCAUGUCUGUUGCAGGCAUGGUGGCCUCCUGCCCCUGCCUGCCCAGUCUGGCCUGUGCUCCAGCUCUGGGUGCCCUGCUCCCUGCCACAGUCCCCUUGCCUUCUGAUGCCUUAAAGCAGGGCUCCAAACCCACUGGCCAGAGCCUUUCAGACGUCAAGCUCUGGAAGCUUGACUCAGGACCAAACAGCUCUGGCCUGGGGAUUGGAUCCCUCUACCCAGGGCCCCCACCCUGGGGACAGUAGAAGGCCAAAGCCUUGGCCUUAGCAAACCAACUCCACCAUUCCUCUGCCCAGGCCCAGCUGCAGCGACAGGCUUUCUCUGCCCGCUGCAACCAGUCCCCCUGCGCUUUGUCUAUGGGAGUCCGGCACUGUGCACCUCACUGACCCUCUGCUGACUCCCCCACGUUGAAGAUGAGCUUCACCUCCAUCCCUGGCCAGGUCACUGGAGCUGGCCUCCCCUUGGACCAUUGCUGGAAUCACACAACUCCAUGCAGAUCAACUCUGCCCCUGCCCACCAGCAGGACCUGUUGGCCUGAAGUGACCCUGGGCCCUGCCCCUGGCCAACUAGGCCACAGCUUCCUUCUUACUCUGGGGGUCCCCCUCCUCUCACAAAGACAUUUGCUCAAUUAAAGUUUGUAAGUAAAUGGUUUUAAAGAAA